AGAUCUUGGCAUGGAUGAAGAUGAAGAGGAUGUUAUACCUCUUCCAAAUGUGAAUUCAGUUAUUUUAAAGAAGGUGAUCCAGUGGGCUACGUAUCACAAAGAUGAUCCUCUUCCUCCAGAAGAUGAUGAAAAUAAAGAGAAGAGGACAGAUGAUAUAAGCUCUUGGGAUGCUGAUUUUUUAAAAGUUGAUCAGGGCACAUUAUUUGAGUUAAUUCUGGCAGCUAAUUACUUAGACAUAAAAGGAUUGCUCGACGUAACAUGCAAAACAGUUGCCAACAUGAUCAAAGGGAAGACUCCAGAAGAAAUAAGGAAAACAUUCAACAUCAAGAAUGACUUCACACCCAGUGAAGAAGAACAAGUCAGAAAAGAGAAUGAAUGGUGUGAAGAAAAAUGAACUAUAUCAAUGUGAUCAGCUGUAUUGUGAUUCCUUGUGUUUUUCCAUUUGGUCAAUGUGAAAAAAAGAAUGAAAUAUAUAAUAUUAUGAUACAAAUGGUUUCUGAUAGCAUUAACAUGGAACAUCUAUUCUGUUACUUGUUACUGUUUAAUGGUGCCAUUUACGUAUUACAUAUACAUAUAUAUUUAAAGCAGCUUUGUUCCAGAACUAGAUUGUCAUUUUGUUUACGAAGAAAGUUUUUUCAAUGAAUUCACUCAAAAUUUCUCUUUCAGGCAUUCUACUUUUAUAUAAUAAUAAACAAUAAUAAUAGAAAUUGUUUUUCAAAUAUCUGUAAGGUAAGACAAGGAAUAUUUUAGUAGUUCCAUUAGAUUGUUUUCAUCAAUUUUAUUCACAUUUAAAGAUUCCUUUGUGACAGUGUAUUCGGGUAUGUUUGAUUGAGUGAGAACUUCAGUUUUAAAGAUUGAUAUUGAUAAAACCUUGCUUAAAAAUAAAAUAUUGUAAAAACUAAA